GAAAGAGAUAGGGGCUUGGCAAGGCAAGGCUACGGCUCGAAAGUAAACAAAGCUCCAUCGCGAUACAUUGAUCCAUAGAUAAGAGCGUCGCUCAGUGCAGCAUUGGCGGAAUAGAAGCCUCGCGUUUUGCAGUAUUUCAAGUUCUGUCUCCUGUCUUCACGCUUGAUCGAGAUCAAUCCACGCGUCUUGUCACUCAUUUUUACCCCUCCAACUAUAUCCGCGCAACCACAUUGUACCAGGAGACAUUUGCGCCUCUACUAGCAACAUGGCACAAUCCCACGAAGAUAUUCUAGACACGCUUCUAGACGCCCAAAAUGGACAUGAACUUUCUAUAAUCAAACUCAGCGAGCCAGUUUCCGGUCAGCUGAAACAAAAUUCAGGGGAGCGGACCUCAGACGUGUCUGCAGAUGUGUUCGACAGUCCUACUCCUGCAAGUCUCGAAGCGGAUCUGGCACAUUACAAGGAACUUUUUUCCAAACUCCGUUUCUCCUACCUCGAACAAGUCACCAAAGAGAAAUUCAUACGCGCGAUCGUCGGAGAUCCACCUUUGGUUGUUGAACAUCAAGAGAACAUCGAACUAGAAGCUUCACUCGCUGUCUCGAAAGCUGCUCUUAAAUCGCAAAAGACCGAAGUCGCGGAACUGGUGGCAGAAUUAGAGAAGCGAGGCCGGGAGUUAUGCCGAAAGUACGAGAAUAUUCAGAUGCAGACCUCACAACUGCAAAAGCUACCACAGCAGAUUGAAGGGCUAGAAGCGAGUAUCGAGGAGCUGAGGGCGGCGCAACAGCCUGGUUCGAAUCCAAGGCUGAAUAUGCCGUUGGAGAAAACACUUGCGGCUGUUGAGGAAAAGGAGAAGGAACGCGCGGAAUUGGAUAGGCAAUUGGAGCAGUUGCAGGUCAUGGUUCCAAGAAAGACAAAGGAGCUAGAGAGGUUGAAUGCUGAGUUGCAGCCUUUGGAAGUUAAGAGACUGGGUAGUACUGCUUCGGCGAGAGAAGCGAAGAGGAGGAAGGAGGAAGCGCUGGGUGGUGUUGGCGAUGAUCUAGAGGAGAGAGGGAGAUGGUGGAGAGGUGUUGAGGGUGGCUUGAAAGGCAUGCUGGGUGUAGAAAACUAAUGAAGAGAGGAAGCUUACUGGGGUUGGGAAUAUGGGUAUACCAAUGGCGUAAGACAGGCGUUUCAAUGGGGUGACGAAUUGCUGGUUUGUUACGAUGAUGUGUUCUGAACUUGGUUUACCUCGAUAACUAAACCUUUACUUGAAUCGUCCGUUGCCUAUGCGAAAGUGGAUUUUAUCGUUGGGGAAGGUUAAAUGUCUGUAGGAGUCUGGGACAUUCAUUUAUCAUUUUGCUGUAUCUAAGAUUCAAUGGCUUAGGUUGGCAAUCCAAAGCAAGUUGCCAUGACUUUCAUACGCAACCCCUAUAACGGAUUUUUGGC